AUGCCGGGUCCCUGGUUGAGUGCCACUGGGGACCCUGAGGCCUGGGUGUCGCACAACCACCAGGUCGGCGACUACAUCGAAUUCGUCACCUAUGACACCGCCAGGGCGAAGCAGGGCACGGUGUUGGCCCGGCUCGACUCACUCACUGAACGCGGGGCCCAAGGGCAAUGGACGGAAGCCACCUUCCUCGCGGUGAGUGACGAGCACCUGGCGUGGUGGCUUUCAAAAGGACCAGGAGCCAAUGACCAUUGGCAAUUUGAGGUCCACUUUUGCAAGGCAGCGGAGGUGAUCCCGAUUGGGGACCUGGCCGAGAAGAAGAUCGAGUGGGUACGGAAGAGCCCACACCGGAAAUACGUGGAGGAGGAAGUUCAGCGAAUGGCUGGCGGCCUCCCCACGGGGAAGGAUCAAGGAGCGGAUGCAGCCCAAGGGCUAGGCUUCAAGGAGGCGGCAGGGCUGCCACCGGCCGACGCCACGGCAGAAGAGGAUGCCCUAAAGGGGCUGUCACGGCUGGAAGCCGAGCUCGGAGAGUGGUUCGGCCAAGCAGCUCCGGCGGUGGCGAAGAAGAAGAAGAAAAAGAAGAGGGACAAGGUCGACUACGGCGGCCUUGUUGGUGGCAGCGACUCCUCGGAUGACAGAGUACUCCAUCAAGAAGCCGGGGAGGUUGGCCGCCAGACUCCUGCAACGCAUGCAGGCGAUGGUGGCGAAGGAGGGGGGCCGUUAUCGACGUCACCGGGGACGAGCCGAACGCCACCUGUAGCAACGAACUGUGUCUUGACGAUCCUCGGGCCAAAGCAGCUGCAGAUCCGCCUGAUGAGGGAGAUGAAGACCUUGGCCACAGCCCUCGACCAGAUCGCGGCAGGCAGGGCCCACGCAGCAGCGGACACAAUAGCUCAGAGGCUGAAGGCCUUGGAGCUGAGCCAGGCGGACGGCUCUUGGAACAGGGCACAGUUCCUGGAGCUGCUAGAGCCAGAAGGCCCGUCACUCCUAGAAAGGGACGAGGCAGUCUUAGCCUCCAAGGAGUGGGCCGGGGAGCUCCGCAUGCGGAAGCUCCAAGGAGGAGGAAAGGGUCCCGGGAAACAGCCGCAGAAGGGCGACGAGAAGGGCGGCAAGGCCGACACGAAGGGCGGCAAGGACCCGAACAAGAAGGGCAAGACAGGGAAAGGAGCCAAAGAGGACAUGGAGCUGGAGGAUACUCCCCAAGGGGAAGAGUUUGUGGGGAUGGUUUUGGAUGGAGUGUUGGACUUCGAUCUGGGGGACCUGGGGGAAAGCGAUGAUGAAGGUCUCCCCACGAGGAAGGAUGAUCCGAGCUACUGGUCCAACAUGUUCGACGGUCUCUCCAUGAAGGAUUGGCGCCAGAAGGUCAGGAACGUGCUGAACCGUAGGCCGCAGGUGGCGAGCCUCGGCAAGGUUUACAUGGAGGCGAUCCUCUCGCUGAACGGCACUUUUGCCCGUGUGCACUCGAAUCCGGAAAGGGGCAACAUCACCAGGGAGAACGUCCAUUGGGUCCGGGUGGUGGUCACGGUGCUGAACUACCUUUACUGCGCGGCUUGGGCAAAGCCGGUUUGUGUCCCUCUCCCAAGGACGCUGAGCAACGCCCAGAUCGCGGUGGUCAACCGUGUGGCGGAACAGAUCACCCGGCUGAUCAGCCGCGGUGGCACCGUGGGACCGGCCCCUGAGUCGGUGAAGCGCCUGAAAUCCAAAAAGUUUGACUACAAUGGGCAGCCUAUUGACCAUAUGCAGGAUCUGGUGGCAGAGAAGGAGGCGAUCCAGGACCCGACGGCCUACCUUCUUCCCGAGGCCGAACUUCCGACCAGACAUCGGGGCUCCAGGGUGCGUGCCUCCGAUGAGGAGUGGUACAAGAUCGUUCGGGCCGGUUACGACCGAGGAAUGUUCACAGCAGUCCGGGACGAAGACAUUCCGGUAGACAAGCGAGGGCACCUCAUCACCAAUGGUGCCGCGGGUGUCCUGAAGACCAAGGUGAAGGACGGGAGGACAGUGGAACUGCAAAGGUUCAUUUCUAUACUGUGCCCCACCAACGACGCAAUGAGGCUUCUCCCAGGGGCGCAGGACACCCUGCCGUACAUCGGCCAGCUCACGGCCGUGAUGGCAGAGAAGGACUCGUACCUGGUCUUGGACAGUGAGGACCUCCAGUCGGCCUUCAACCUCUUCAGGAUGCCCCCUCGCUGGGCUGGCUUCUUCGCCUUUGCCAAGAAAGUCCGGGGGGAUGCUCUGGGCCUUUCUCGGGAUGUGGAGGUCCGGCCUGGACUCACUGUGGUCCCGAUGGGCUGGACCUCGGCGGUCACCUUGAUCCAGGCGGCGAUCCGUUUCAUUGCGUAUGAUAUCGGGAAGGACCGGCCGAUUCCCGAAUCUGACGCCCGAACGGUGCUCUACCUCGACAAUUUUGACGAGCUGAGGAGGAAGCCGGCACAGCAUCGGACAAGGCAUGCCUAUGAGAAGGCCCGGGAGCUCCUGGAUUUAGGCCUAGGGCUUCUCUCCAUGGAGAUGGCAGAUGAGUUUUGUCUGAGGCACUGGACCGGGAAAGCCGCUUUUGCUGCGGCUUUCAAGCGGCCAAUGUUUUCCAUCUUGCAAGAAGUCUAUUGUGUGAUGGACUGGGCUCAGGAUGGCACGCAGAUUUCUCCGAGCGCUCCGGUCCUCGACGAGAUCCUCUGCUUUAGUGUUCUCCUCCCCCUGGCGGAGACCGACCUGUCCUCUCCACUGUCGGAGGUGAUCAGUUGUACUGACGCCUCCCCCACCGGUGGGGGCUGCUCAAUUGCGACUGGCUUCAAGGACAAGUCGCUUUUGCUCCCUCUGCCCUUGGAGGACACCGGGAACUGCGCAGUCUGCCAACGGGCCCUUGAUAUGCCAGACCGCCGGAAGUACCCGUGCCCACGCCAAUGUGGCCUGAAGCUCUGCUCCCUCAGGUGUUCCAGAGGCCAUGGCCAGGGCUGCUGCCGGAAGUGGUGGCACGCGCCGAGGUUCGGGGAGCGUUUCUCAGGAAAGGACUUUCCUCUCUCCAAGGCUGCGGGCCUCAAGGGCAUAGAGACGCAGGAGCCGCUGGACUAUGAGGUUCCCGGUGACCGCUGGGAUUUCAAGACCGACUUUGGAGAAGCCCGCCUUGAUGAGGAGGAGGAUGAUGGGGAUCUCAUGUGGACCCAUUGGGCACCGGACAGGUACACCUUCUCCCGGACUAGGGGCCGCGGUUUCUGGAAUGACCAACACCAGUGGGACCACGGCCUCCCCGCACUCCGUUCCAGGCGGUUUCCGGAAGGCCUCUCGCAACUUCGGCGGCAGGACAAUGUGGCGGUCAGACAAGGCAACGCCAUGGCCAAGCGGGCGGUGAAUGGACUGCUCCAAGCACAUCGCCGAGGCCGCUUUGCCUCGCUGGAGCAUCCCUUCGAUUCCUACCUUUGGGAUAUCCCAGAAGUCAAGCCCCUCUACGGAGGAGAAUGGUUUUGGUCCACUUUUGCUCUCUGCUGCCACGGCGGGGACAGAGAGGAAUGGCUGACAGUGGUGCACAACUCCGCAUCGCUACACGCGGUCCUUCACAAGCCUCAGUGUGAUGGACACCAAGAAGCGGUUGUGCCUUCCUCUCACGUGGACCCAGAGAACAAUGACGAGUACCCAUGGCUCUUCUGCCUCGUCUUCAUGGAGGGGGUGCACGAUGAGCUGUCCCAACUCUACACGGUCCCCUUUGGGAACAAGGCGGAGACCCUCGAGUCCCUCAUGCACCACCAGCUGAAGGGAGCAACGCGAGGUCUCCAAGACGCCACUGCUGUGGACUGGGCUGUCACACAGUGCGUCAAGUUCCUGGACAGUAUGGAUACAGGGCAGGAGGCGCAGCACUUUGCUUGGCUGCUCCGACACACAUACCAUACGGGUUGUGAUGUCAGGUUGACGGACCGGGGCAAUGACGUGGUCGGAAGCCGUCCCGGUCCCUACCCUGCUUUCCGAUGGCUGUGGCGAGAUGUGCUUUCGUACAAGUGGAAGCAGCCACAGCACAUCAAUGUCCUCGAGCUCACGGCUUUCUUGGCUGAGCUCAGAAGACGGUCCAGGGACCAGGCGCAGCAUGGCAGACGCUUUUUCUGCAUUGUGGACUCCCUCGUCACCUUCUACGUGCUGGGGAAGGGACGGAGCUCCUCCAAGCGGUUAAACCGCAUCUGCCGCAGAGUCACCGCAAUCUCCUUGGCAACUGGCUUGAUACCCAUCUCCUUGUGGACAAUCAGCAAGUGGAAUUUCUCCGAUGGUGCGUCGCGGAAAUUUGAACCGUCCUGA